GAGACUGAAAUUUGGGUUGAGAAUAAAACGCUCACUGGAGAACGCGCAUGCGCACUCUCAGUUUGCUAACGUGGAAAAUUGCUGCGUGCCCACCUUUGAAAAUUGUAUAAAUAGGAAGAACGGAGGAAAGAGCGUCGCAGUUUCCCCUUCUCCUUCUAGUCUGCUACACAUUGGACAAGAAAGGAGACUCUCUUGAAGAUGACAGGACAAGGAGGCAUGGCCGUGCUUCUGAUCAUCGCUUUGAUAACGGUGACAUCCGUUACUGGCGCGGGUCCCAUCCCCUUUACUCCGCAGGAAGAGGCUCAAAGAGACGAUGCUACGGCUGAGAUAGCUAACCUUCCAGCCGAGGAUCAGGAGGCACUGCCCACCGGUCCAAUACCGCCAAUCCCCCCUUGUGAAUGCCAUGCGCAUGGUGAUGUCCGCUAUGUUACGUGUGAUGGGAGAGUCUUCAAAUAUAACACCCCGACCAACGUUUACGGUAUCAUGGCAAAGUCUAUAAUAACCUGGUUUUGGUAUGUAAUAACAAGACAAGAAUUCUUUGAUGACACCCCGAAGACUCGUCUGUCAGCAGUGAAAUUCAAGAUCUUUUCUUACUUCGUGAUUGUUGACUACAAAAAGACUUCGAAUCCAGAUGGACUGUACAGAAUAACGGUCGGAAAUGAUUAUGUAGUUGGUCCGAUAGCGGUCCUUUAUGAAAGUCUUGGUCCUGAUACUGUGGUACCUGGUGUAAAGUACGUAGGGAGCGGUUUUAACAUCUCAAUAAUUGAGAAAGAUGGCGAUUGGUACAUUCAGGUUCGUUGCAUACUCCUGCCACCAGUCCUGUUCGACAUUUAUAUACUUGUGGCCCGACACUGUCUCCAGCUUCACAUUCCUCCAAUCUGGCAAUCCAGGAUAGCAGGGAUAUGUGGAGAUUGGGACAGAGAUCCAGCGAACGAUGUAGUGAUUCUUGACAGGUGGCCACAGGUGACCGCUCCGUUUAGGAGAUUCCCCUAAUAGCA